AUGGCUCCGGAAAGAUGCUCAUGCUUUGCUAGGAUUUCGCGUGCAUCUCUACGCGAAAAUGGUUGCAACAAUGGAGGUUGCGACGUUGCAGAUACAAUCGAGGCGGCGAACGCCGACAACCCUCUGCUGGACUCUAUAGUGUUGGGUAGUUCAGCAUUGGGCAAUUUCAUUGCGCCGCCGUGGCAUUUGAUUAGCCCAUGCGAAUCUAGUGUGGUCAAUAAACUUUGGGAAGACCCUGAAGGCCACCCCGAGCUUACUUCGAAACAGAAGGACCGUCUGUAUCGUUGGGUACGUUUUUUUUGGGGCAGCGGCAGGAAGUGUUUCUUCGCUGCUGCUCCCGACAGCGGUCGCAUAAAGCAAGGGUUCGUUGCCGAUUGUUCCUUUCUGUCAUCCUUGGCUGUCCUCGCAGAUUACGAAUCUCGAUAUUCUGUUCCUUUACUAAGUAACAUCAUCAAAUUCGUUUCCAUCGGUCCCCAUGGUUACGCGGAUUUGGUGCAGCCAACGCAAACAUGCACUGAGGCGCACCCCUCAACCAAUCCCGGUACUGCCAUAGGGGUCAAGUUAUACUUUAACGGUAUUGCCAGGUGUGUUGUUGUGGAUGACUGGGUGCCCAUUCGCGCCGAUGGCCGCCUGCUAUGCGCCCAUUCGUCGGAUCGCACCGAGUGCUGGGUGAGCAUCCUCGAAAGGGCGUUUGUAAAGUUGAACGGCGGCCGUUAUACCAUCCGCGGUACCAACCCUGGAAUCGACAUAUACCAUUUGACCGGAUGGAUCCCGGAUAUAGUCUACUUGCAACCGAGCGGUUGCAUCCCUUCUGGAGUUGCUGCGUCGGCUGAUCGUUCUGCAAACAAGUGGAACGACAUGUGGGACGUCAUUUACGCGGGCUUCUGCGGAGGUUCGUGCGUCGUUUGCCUCGGCACCAGCGACUUCGCGGACGCGCUUCCAGUCGGCCAGGAUAGGCCGGAGGGGAUUUCUGUUUCCUCCGGCAUCGUUAGUGACCAUGCGUACAGCAUGAUUGACAUGAAGGAGGUGCAGAUGCCGAACAAGCGUAGAAUACGUUUGAUGUACUUGAAGAACCCUUGGGGCAGCAUUUCGUGGACGAAGCGAUUUUCGCCUUCCGACAAAACCUCUUGGACGCCGGAAAUGCAGAAGACGCUGAACUACGUUCCUAACGCUUCCGAGGACAAUGGAAUGUUCUGGAUUGAGUGGAACGACGUGUUAAAAUGGUUUUCGCACCUGUACGUCGCGUGGAAACCCAGCCUUUUCCGCAGUCGCGUUACCUUACACCACGUCUGGGAACCCAGUUCGCAUUUCCUAGAUUCUUGGGCCCCUGAUGACAUGUCGCUCUCUUUGUAUAACCCGCAAUUCAGUGUAGUUAUAUCAUUCGGUAGUUCCAACUCUGCCACCCUAUGGUUGAUGCUGAUACAACAUCGCGUAAACUUCGAGGAUCCCUUGAAGUACCUGGCGAUGCACGUAUUUUCUAGCAGAGAUGCCGUAGUUUGUCCGGUUUUACCUGAUGUCCAGGGCGUAUACAACAACGGCGAAUGCAUUCUGUUGAAGCUUAUAGUUAAGUUAAGCUCGUUUAGCGAAUCUCCCGGCAAGCACAUGCUGACGGGUGACCCCGUUAUCGCUCACACCUUGGACGACGAGUCUAGUGUGACCGUACUCGUAUCGUAUUAUUCCAGGAAGCUGGAGCGUGCGAUUCCAUUCACGAUCCGCGCGCUUUGCUCAAGACCUAUAAAAUUGACUCCCAAACCGUGCCUCGUGCGCCCGGAUUGGUACAGCACUGUAAUACACGGCGAGUGGACUGACGGCAACAGUGGAGGCAGCCCCAAGAACAUAUGGACGUACUUUAAGAAUCCGCAUUAUCGGCUCUACUUUCCAGGGGAAUGCGAGGCUGUUGUUUUGCUGGAAUCCGUGAACCCCCUCUCGGUGAACCUCCGGAUUUUCACUGGACGUAUGGCCACUAUCCGUGCGCUCAAGGCUGGGCAGCUGGUCUCGUCGGAUGAUUAUCGGGCCCAGUGUUGUGCCGUAUCCUCCACCAACUUCUGCGGUCAGUACGUAGUCAUUCCUUCCACGUAUCGCGCUACCGACCGUGGCGCGUUUAGGAUAAUCGUACACUCGAACAAAGAAUGCAGCAUAUCCCCGUUGCCGUAUCCUCAGUCGCCAGUUCCAUCAACGGCGGGUUUGAUCAGUCAACGCUUCGACAUGCAGGGACCUCUUAACAUGCAGGUGUCCUGUCCGACGUUGGUGUCGAUUCGGCUAAAGGUGCCGACCGAACUGUUGAGUGACAACUUCGCGCUGCUGGCGUCGUCCGCUGGGGCCUCACACCCGCAGCCCCGGGAUGCCUGCACCAGCUUUGACGGCCUAAACAAGCACUUUUGUGUCUCCUUGGCGUGCAGCAUCUGUGGCGGCGCCGGGGGGAGGCUACGCCAGAUAACCAGGAGCGACCCCCUAAGUGGUCAUGCCGAGGGGUACGAUUUGGUGCUAUAUAGUGACUUGAAUGGUGGAAACUCUAACACGGGGCGAACCCCGUCUGCGUCCGCUCGUUACCUGUUCGAUAACGAGCGUGUGAUAAACUUCACACUGGUUGAGCUACAGCCCAACACAGUUCCAUACAGACUCUGUUGCAUCAGCGGAGUGUCGCGAGGGGCGGUAACGCUCAUUUCCGACCACCCCGUGUCGAUUCAGUAA